AUGUCUUCACUACUUCUCAAACGAGCUACUCGCUCACUCUCUACUAAAGCAUUCCUCCCUGGACAAAUAGCUACUCUCCAGCGGACAUCACGCUUCAUCUCAAAGCCUAUAUGCCAAAGAUCAAUGCACACUUCGGAUAGCGCAAGUGCAAAGCCCAUGAACCCAGACCCAAGGGAGAAUCCGGCUCAUGACCUUACACUACCUCGCGGGACAAACGUUGGUCGCAAGCGAUUUGCAGACUUUGACCUUGCGGGAAAGACCUUUAUUGUCACAGGAGGUGCUCAAGGUCUUGGCCUUACUCUAGCCGAGAGUUUGGUGGAAGCCGGUGGAAAGGUCUAUUGUUUGGAUCGUGCUGAGCAGCCUGACGAAAACUGGGAAGAAGCCCAAAGCCGUGUCGUCCCAGAAUGGGGCGGCUCACUUCACUACCGUCAACAAGACGUCAAAGACGUAGACGGGUUGGACAAUCUCAUCACCGCCAUCGCAGAUGAGAACCAGGGCAUCGACGGGGCAAUCGCCGCCGCAGGAGUCCAGCACAUCUCACCCACAAUCGACUACAAAGCCAAUGAGAUCGCCCAUAUGAUGUCUAUCAACUACACUGGCGUCUUCAUGACCGCCAAGUCCGCAGCAAAACAAAUGCUCAAGUACAAAAAGCGCGGAAGUAUCUGCAUGAUCGCUAGUAUCUCUGGCAUGAAAGCGAACAGGGGUCUCAUCUCACCUGUAUACAACUCGUCCAAAGCAGCCGUGAUCCAGCUCGCGCGCAACCUUUCCAUGGAGUGGAGUCCCAUUCAAAAAGACGGCACGGGGGGUAUUCGCGUGAACUGUAUUAGUCCUGGCCAUAUAAUGACGCCUAUGGUGCGGGAGAACUUUGAGGAAGUUCCUGGACUGAAGGAUGAGUGGGAGAGGGAGAUUAUGAUGGGACGGCUGUCUGAGACGCAGGAGUUUAAAGGUGCUGCGCUGUUUCUGCUGAGCAAUGCGAGCAGUUAUAUGACAGGGAGUAACCUUGUGAUUGAUGGUGGACAUACGUCGUGGUAA